AUGGAGUCCGAGAUCAGAGCUCAGAUCCCUGGAAUCGACCCUGUCGUGUCCGAGUAUUCCGUUGGAUAUCUCAACCACGCUUCGCAGGCAUACAGCGCGGAAGGCGACCCACUGUCUGAUGCCGCUGCUGCUGUGACAGCUCUGCUGCUAUCCGCUUCCGGUGACCUGUCUAACCAGAAUGAAUUGACAAUUCAGAACCUGGUUGAGAAGUUUGUCUCCAAACUUUCGGCACAGUCUGGUCUUGAUGGUGAAAAGCGCCAGCAGGCACCUUCUGCCAGAAAGUUGGAUCAGACUAUCCAAGUCGGAUCUGCGAGAAACAUCUCAACCACUCUUGGCUUGACUGGUGGCGUCAACUUGGAGCAUACUGGCAGACAGAUCGAGUCUCGUGUUGACAAGAAGAAGCUCGAGAAGGCCGAAAAGAAGCUCCGUGCAAAGCAAGACAGGAAGGAAUUCAAGAACGUCGAGUAUGAAACCUCUAGACUUUUGGACCAGCCCGACGAUGCUGCAUCCUACGAAGAAUUCUUCAUGAAGGUCAACCCUCUGCAACUUGGCUCAGACAACAUCGGCAAGAGUAAAGACAUCAAGGUUGAUGGCAUUGAUAUCACUAUUGGUGGCAAGAGAAUCUUGAGUGAUACCAACUUGACUCUGGCCUUCGGUCGUAGAUAUGGUCUGGUCGGUCAGAACGGUAUUGGUAAAUCUACUUUGCUCAGAGCUUUGAGUAAGAGAGAAGUUGCUAUUCCCACCCAUAUUUCCAUUCUUCACGUUGAACAAGAGAUUAUGGGAGAUGACACACCUGCUCUUCAGGCCGUCUUGGACGCCGAUGUAUGGCGUAAGCAUUUGCUGAAGGAGCAAGACAAGAUCAUCAAGGAGCUGGCCGAGCUGGAGGCUACCAGAUCCCAGAUGGCAGACACAUCGACAGAUGCUGCUAAGCUUGAUACUCAACGAGAGGGUCUUGACAUCACGCUCAGUGACGUCCAAUCUAAGCUCGCCGAGAUGGACUCUGACAAGGCCGAGUCUCGUGCUGCCAGUAUCCUUGCCGGUCUUGGUUUCUCGCAUGAGAGACAACAAUUCGCCACAAAGACAUUCUCUGGUGGUUGGCGUAUGAGAUUGGCACUUGCACGUGCUCUGUUCUGCGAGCCUGAUCUUCUCAUGCUCGAUGAACCUUCCAACAUGUUGGAUGUGCCAUCGAUUACCUUCUUGUCCAACUACCUGCAAUCCUACCCUAGCACUCUCUUGGUUGUUUCUCACGACAGAGCCUUCCUCGACGAGGUCGCUACAGACAUCAUCCACCAACACUCCGAACGUCUCGAUUACUACAAGGGCGCCAAUUUCCAGUCCUUCUACAACACCAAGGAGGAGAGAAGGAAGACUGCUAAGAGAGAGUACGAGAAGCAAAUGGGCGAACGUGCGCAUCUGCAAGCCUUCAUCGACAAGUUCCGUUACAAUGCAGCCAAGUCGUCCGAAGCACAAUCGCGUAUCAAGAAGUUGGAGAAGAUGCCUAUCCUGGAAGCACCCGAGAGCGAGUACACGGUCAAGUUCACAUUCCCCGACGUGGAGAAGAUGUCGCCUCCUAUCAUUCAAAUGACUGGCGUUUCUUUUGGUUACACACCCGACAAGCCGUUGCUCAAGAAUGUUGAUCUUGACGUUCAACUCGACUCACGUAUUGGUAUCGUUGGACCCAACGGUGCUGGUAAAACAACAGUGCUCAAGCUUCUCAUCGGUGCGCUGCAGCCGACUACUGGUCUCAUUUCUCAGAACCCUCGUCUGCGUAUCGGCUACUUCGCCCAACAUCACGUCGAUGCUCUUGAUCUGAACACGAGUGCCGUCGGCUUCAUGUCCAAGAUGUAUCCUGGUAAGACUGAUGAAGAGUACCGUAGGCACCUUGGUGCCUUCGGUAUUACCGGUAUGACUGGUCUCCAGAAGAUGGAAAUUUUGUCCGGAGGUCAAAAAUCUCGUGUCGCCUUUGCCAUUUUGUCUCUGCAGAACCCUCACAUCCUGGUUCUCGAUGAGCCUUCUAACCACUUGGAUAUUGAAGCCAUGGACGCCUUGGCAGAUGCUCUGAAGAACUUCGGUGGUGGUGUCUUGAUGGUUUCUCACGACGUAACCAUAUUGAGUGCUACGUGUACAUCGCUAUGGGUCUGCGAUCAGGGCGGUGUUGAGCACUUUGACGGUGAUGUGAACGAUUACAAGCGCAGGAUUACAGCCCAGGCCGACGCUGCGGGAGUUGCUACCACACAUCACUAG